UCGGAACCUGGAGUCCGGAUUCGAUCCGGGUCGGAACAUUCCAAAAGCAGAAUGUCUUCUUGUCUUGGCUCAGAAGAACGGAAUUUGCAGGUGGAGGGCGGAAUGAUGUGACAUGACUGUGCACCACACCAAAGCUGGCAGACCUCAUUUCAGGCUUGUGAAGCAAAGGCAUUGAGAAAUGAGUCUUCUACUUCAUGCUCAACUUGACACUUUAUGGCUGAGAGUUGUGUGGGAGCUGAGCUCAUUGUGUGAGGUUUCAGAAAUGGCAGAAGAUGGCAGCGAUGAGACCAUGUUUAUUUGGUGCGAGGAUUGUGGUCAGUACCAUGAUUCGGAGUGUCCUGAGCUGGGCCCCGUGGUGACAGUCAAAGACUCCUUUGUGUUGAGCAGGGCAAGGUCAUCCCUUCCUUCCAAUCUGGAGAUCAGACAACUAGAAGAUGGGACUGAAGGAGUAUUUGCAGUGACGCAGCUUGUCAAACGUACCCAGUUUGGCCCAUUUGAAUCCAAGAGAGUUGCCAAAUUGGAAAAGGAGUCAGCAUUUCCACUGAAGGUUUUCCAGAAGGAUGGGCCCCUGGUUUAUUUUGAUACCUCUAACGAAGAUGACUGUAAUUGGAUGAUGAUGGUGAGAGCAGCCACUGAAUAUGAACACCAGAACCUGACUGCCUUCCAGCAUGACAAUGAUAUUUACUUCACCACCUCCCGGGACAUCCCACCAGGAACUGAGCUGCGAGUGUGGUAUGCAGCUUUUUACGCCAAAAAAAUGGAAAAGCCAGUGCUGAAGCAGGUCACUAGUAUUGCCAAUGUGAGCGCUCCAGAGAGUACCGGGACCCUUGAAGCGGAGUCCAGCCAGUGGACGUGUAAAGUGUGUUCAUCUGUUUUCCCGGAACCUCAGCUACUGACAGAACAUCUGUUGAGUCACCUGGAACAAGCCAAAGGAGUCCCCCAGACAAGCCAAAAUGAUGCAACUCCAGAGAAGCCUGCAGAGGCUCCCAUUGCUGAUCAGCCUGUGACUGGCGAAGGUGCUGGUGCCAACGUAGACUCCAGGAGGACUCCACGAAGGGGAAGAAAGCCUAAAGCAGCAAAAGCAGAAACACCUCUUGUCAUCACUGAAGAUAAAGACCCAGCAGUGGAUCGAGUAGCUGAAAUUAUAACAGAGAUCCCACCUGAUGAGGCAGCCCUUCCCUCUGCAGCGGAAGAGAGGAUUAUGGAACUGGUUUUAGGAAAGCUGCCAAGCACCACAAACAACAUCAGUUCAGUAACAAAUAGGUUUGCUCAUCACCAAAACACCAUGUCCCUCAAAAGAAGUUUAAUUCUCUCCAGUAGACAUGGAAUACGUCGAAAGCUCAUAAAGCAACUUGGGGAACACAAACGGGUAUAUCAGUGCAACAUCUGCAGUAAGAUCUUCCAGAACAGCAGCAACCUCAGCAGGCACAUCCGGUCUCAUGGUGACAAAUUGUUUAAAUGUGAGGAAUGUGCAAAACUGUUCAGCCGUAAAGAGAGCUUGAAGCAGCACGUUUCAUAUAAACACAGCAGGAAUGAGGUUGACAGCGACUACAGGUACAAGUGUGCUACAUGUGAAAAGGCCUUUCGGAUAGAAAGUGCAUUGGAAUUCCACAAUUGCAGAACAGAUGACAAGACAUUCCAGUGUGAGAUGUGUUUCAGGUUCUUUUCCACGAAUAGUAACCUCUCCAAACACAAGAAGAAGCACGGGGAUAAGAAAUUUGCAUGUGAAAUCUGCAAUAAGAUGUUCUACCGGAAGGAUGUCAUGUUGGAUCAUCAAAGGAGACACUUGGAAGGGGUGAGGCGUGUGAAAAGAGAAGACUUUGAGCACAGCACCGAGAACAUGGUGCGCUACAAGAAGGAACCCUCGGGAUGCCCUGUGUGUGGGAAGGUAUUUUCAUGCAGGAGCAAUAUGAACAAACACCUCCUGACACACGGAGACAAGAAAUACACCUGUGAAAUCUGUGGACGUAAAUUUUUCAGAGUGGACGUUCUUAGAGAUCAUAUUCACGUCCAUUUUAAGGACAUUGCACUAAUGGAUGACCACCAGAGGGAAGAGUUCAUUGGUAAAAUCGGAAUCUCAUCAGAGGAAAACGAUGACAACUCUGAUGAAAGUGCAGAUUCUGAGCCUCACAAGUAUAGCUGCAAAAGGUGCCAGUUAACCUUUGGCAGAGGGAAGGAGUACCUAAAACACAUAAUGGAGGUUCACAAGGAGAAAGGCUAUGGCUGUAGCAUCUGUAAUCGACGAUUCGCCUUGAAGGCAACUUACCAUGCUCACAUGGUCAUUCACCGGGAGAAUCUGCCUGAUCCAAAUGUGCAGAAAUACAUCCACCCAUGUGAAAUUUGUGGAAGGAUUUUUAACAGCAUCGGGAAUUUGGAACGACAUAAGCUUAUACACACAGGUGUAAAAAGUCAUGCGUGUGAGCAGUGUGGAAAGUCAUUUGCCAGAAAGGACAUGUUAAAAGAGCACAUGAGAGUCCACGAUAACAUCCGAGAAUACCUGUGUGCGGAAUGUGGUAAAGGAAUGAAGACAAAACAUGCUCUGCGUCACCACAUGAAACUCCACAAAGGGAUUAAGGAAUAUGAAUGCAAGGAAUGCCAUCGUAAAUUCGCACAGAAGGUCAACAUGCUGAAGCACUACAAAAGGCACACAGGAAUCAAAGAUUUUAUGUGUGAGCUCUGUGGGAAGACAUUUAGUGAGAGAAACACAAUGGAGACCCAUAAACUGAUUCAUACAGUUGGGAAACAAUGGACGUGUUCAGUCUGUGAUAAAAAGUACGUCACUGAUUACAUGCUUCAGAAGCACAUCCAGUUAACUCACGAUAAGGUAGAAGCUCAGAGUUGUCAGCUCUGUGGGACAAAGGUUUCUACCAGAGCUUCAAUGAGUCGACACAUGAGGCGCAAACAUCCAGAGCCUGAGUUAACCCUGGAACAGGGAGAGUUACCCGAAGGCAAGCAUAUGAAAGCUUCUAAACGUGGCCAUAAGCGAAAGCAGAAGCCGGGUGAAGAGGAGGAAGUGCAAGUGCCUGAGGACCCUGCCUUCAAUGAAUACACAGAGAAAGAACCUGAAUUCACAGGGAAUGUGGGAGAUGAAACCAAUUCAGCUGUACAGAGUAUUCAGCAGGUGGUGGUGACCCUUGGCGACCCAAACGUCACGGCCCCUUCUAGUUCUGUUGGGUUGACAAAUAUUACCGUCACCCCGAUUACCACGGCAGCCGGAACCCAAUUUACCAACCUCCAGCCAGUGGCUGUGGGCCACCUGACUGCUCCUGAACGCCAGUUACAGCUCGACAAUUCAAUCCUUACUGUGACAUUCGAUACGGUCAGUGGUUCUGCCAUGCUGCACAAUCGCCAAAACGAUAUUCAGAUACAGCCGCAGCCAGAGGCCGCCAAUCCCCAGUCUGUGGCCCAUUUCAUAAACCUGACAACCCUGGUGAACUCCAUUGCUCCUCUAGGGAACCAGAUCGCAGAGCAGCAUCCGCUGACAUGGAGGGCAGUGCCUCAGCCCGAUGUCCUGCCGCCCCAGUCGCAGCAAGCACAACAGCAGUCAGGACAGCCGCAAGUUCAAACAGAGCAGCAACAGCAGAUGUACAGCUACUGAGUGAUACUUGGCAAGGCUGGAGAAGGACUGGACUCUGAGACAAUUUUUAAAAAAAGUGGGAAACGAUAAGUGAAUGGUUUGCUGGAUACCAAACAGAGAUGGGAAAAUGUUUAUACAAUGAAAUGUAAACUAAAAUUGGCAUAGCACCCUGCAACGCUGUGGUCUUGAAAUUCACACACUAUUUCUAAACGCAGCACCGCCUAGCAGUCUCGUUCUAAAUUCAGCACCCCAGUGUGGUGGUGUGUUUUGUGCAGUGCUGGUUCUGGGUUUUGACCAGAGCAUCGCAAUAGACCUUACACAAAGAGGGGAAAUCACAAAUAGUACAUACGACUAACCCCUCAGCCAUACAAUUUAAUUGUUUUCCAGUCUGGAAGGAAUGUAUACACUGAGCUGGGGUUCACUGGUUGUCACCUUCUAGAGACUGAAAUGUAAAGAUAUAAUUGAACCCCCAAAAAAGGAUUGUCUUGCUUUUUCCAUUCUUAGAAGGUCUUGUAUCUCUGGUAAAGUAAGGGUGAGGGUUUGGGGCUGGAAGUGGGGGAAAGUCUAUGGGGUAAAAGAAAAUGUACCCAAUUUCACAAAGUAUUUCCAUUGUGGUGAUGGAAAAAUCUUUUAUCAGUAAAACAUGUCAGUGCUACCUGAAGCAAAUAGUCAGUCUGAUGUUAAAACAACUUUACUAGAAGACCAUAAAAGUUGUUUGAAUCAAACCGGUUAUGAGCUGAAACCAUAAUGUGAUAAAAUUUUAUGUAAUUUUGUCAAAAUUGCUCUUUCAAUAUUGCUUUUAGCUAGGAGGCUUGAAGAGCAAUCAGUCCCCUUUGAUCAAGUUCAGGAUGUGAAUUUACCAAUUAGUCUUCUUUCAUCAUGUAAUAAACAUUUGAGAAAGUAAUUUUUUA